AUGACGCGAGCCGAGGAGACAAGCAGAGCUUGUUGCGUCUGUAAGAAGUUGUUCUGUUGUGUCCAGUGUCGGGAACGACACGAGAAGAAGAAACAUUCGGACAGGCCGUUGAACUGUCCGCUCUGUACGUCUCACAAACUACCGUUGCAAUCAAUCGAGGAUAAAUCGCUACUUUACCACAUAGUGAUUACUCAUCUACCUCUUUAUUGUUAUUUGUGCGGUGAAAUAUUCAAGCAUAGCAAGGACUUAGAAUCGUUCGGCACGUGCAAAUGGUGGCAGUCUCAACAUCGGCAUUCACUACUGUCCGACCAGAAGUCCAUACUGGGGACACCGCCGUUAACGUCAGACGGGAAGGAAUCAUCUAUAAAUAAUGAAUAUAAUGGUAACUUUGAUUCACUGACCUCACCUCCAGAACUCUAUAGGAACACGAGCACACCCAUGGUGGUCGGUCAGAAAAACACUUUGGAUUUCAAGACACCAAUAGUCCCAAACUUCUCCUUGAAGACACCGAAGACCAAUUCCGCGUCAUUAAAGAAUCAAACGCACAGCGGCUUCCAAGAAGACAGUUCUAACAGCAAGUACGUGAGUUUUCCAUCUUCCACGUCUCACAAGGAAACGCCGUUUCGUUCGUUGUCCACGAAUCGCGAGAAUAAGGGCAAUUCACCGACGAAUAAUUCUGGACAACUGGGUAUCAUGAUGGAACAGGAAAUACACACUUCGAACGUACAUUACGUUGACAAUCACGGUAUCGAGGACAUGGAGUUGACCGGCGUUGAGGGUGAAGCAUUGCCUGACUCUAAAAGUUCAGAGAUACCCGAGAAACGAUCAGAAUCCUUGAAGAAAGUACGAUUUUCGGACCAAUAUGAGCCUCAAUCAGAGCCUUGUAAAACUAGAUCCUUCAGCGUGACUGAAAAUGAGGAAUACUUCGAGGCAUGCGAGACUCUGUCCGAGAUGAAGGAGUCCCUGGAGAACUCACAGAUCCAGAUCUACGCACAGAACACGAUGAACUCGCAAAAGGAAAAUCGUAGUCCAGAUGGAGGUAGCGUGAAUGUUAAUCAAGCCUCGGCUACGUCGAGGGUACUGAUGAUGGUUGUAGUGGAGAACAAUUCCACCCUUUCGACUUCUGAACUUAUAAACUCUGGUCUGAAGAAGCUGGAAAGUAUCACUUCAGGCAACAAUCUAUCGAACAGUAACCAUACCUCUUCUGCAUGCAGCAGUUCAGUGACGACUGUCGAUAGCUAUUGCAGUGCCUCGAGUCAUGAUUCCUAUACUACGUCGAACCAUGCAGUCGGUUCCGUUAGGCGAGACUCGGACUCGUCGAACAGCAGCGGGAGUACCAGCUCUGGAGGACUCUUUUACGCGGUCGCUAAUGCUGUGAAGACUGUUAUGAAAAGCUUCUCUGGUGUAGGAACAUCUAGGAACAGUGAAAGGGAGCAAGUUUCCCAGAGGGAUGACGUUACUCCAAGGCCGUCUACGUCCGACACAUUUAAUCCGAUGUCGAGCUUCGCGGCUUCGCUUUUGCGGAGACCUGGGAAGCGUACAAGGGACAGUUUAGACAGCCCAUCCUCGUCCCACAGGCAAAUGGAUUUGGCGGUUUCUUCAUUGGAAUCUAGAAGUCCACUUGCCAAAAGACAUCGUGGAUGGUACAGGAUAAAGGCCCGAGAACCGAUCGCACGGAUGCGGAACAGUCAACUUACGUCACCCAGAGGAGUGUCCUCGGAGACUCAAGUCUUUCAUCAGGGAUCGUUAUCCGUUGGCGACACGGUUCUUCCACUUCCCUCUAGGGCACACCAAUCUACACAAACUGACUGAUACUGAAUUGUAUUUACAGCUUUCAGCAGCUGCUUCCUCCGGAUAUAAAUCACGUUUAAGUUUUAAUUCCGGUUUUAGUUUUAAGUCAAGUUCUGUUAAAAGUGAGCUAGGAAAUUCAUAUGCAUGCGUCAGUU